CUAACAGGUUUGUCACGUGUGUAGCAGAGUACAGGCCUAACACAGGAGUAUAUAUUUCUGCCGAUUCUGCGUCAGAGCCUGCCAGGCCAGACUCAGCUGUACCAGCCACGAGAGGCUACCCGCGGUCAACGUCCUCAUGUUUACUAUUCAGGUCGAAGUUCAGUGUAAGCCGGUACGUACCUGGCACGGCGGCGUCUAAAACUAACAGGUUUGUCACAUGUUGAGGACCUGGUGAGAAUCGGCUGUACCAGCCACGAGAGGCGCUGCCCAGCCAGAUCCGCAGAGAACGACUGAAGCUGCAGAUCGUCUGGCAAGACGACAAGGACCCAAGCUAAGAGAGCAGAGUACAACUAAGCCGCUAAUAGAUCUAGCUCUAGAAGUCGUAGGAAACGUCCAGUAUGUCACAUAAAAAGCCCGGGAUUGUCCAUAACGGGGUUCUGUAUCCUCAUCUUGUCACCAAAGAGAUUCUCGAAGCCAUGAAGAGCUUCCAGACACGCGACGACGACAUCGUCAUCGUUAGCUUUCCCAAGACAGGUACGAACUGGACCCUGGAGAUCGUGACUCAGAUCCUGCAGGCCACUGGAAGGUCGCCCGCCAAGUCAGACGACCACAUCAUCGGGAAACUGGAGUUCAAGUACCCCGAGGACCCCCACCCCUCAUACGUGCUGCUGGAAGACGCCCCCUCCCCCCGGGUCAUCCUCACCCACCUCAAACCCGGGACAGCACCCCCCGGGAUCGCCAACCCCCGGGGAAAGGAGAAAAUACUGGUGGUGAUGAGGAACCCAAAAGACACGGCUGUGUCCCACUAUCACUUCAUCUUGAAGCGAAGAAACCUCGAUGCUACCCAGUUGCCAUGGCCUAAAUACUGUCAAGACGCUCUUGCUGGGAAAGAGUCACACGGCAGCUUCUUUGAUCACGUGUUGGCCUGGUGGGAGAAGCGAGACGACCCCCACUUCAUGUUUCUCAAGUACGAGGACAUGAAAAAGGACAUCGCCAGCGAAGUGAAGAGAAUCGCAACGUUCCUAGAAGCUGACCUAGACGCCGCCACCAUUGCGGGGAUCGCAGAGAAGUGUACAUUUGAGGGCAUGAAGGCAACCCUGGACAACUCCCGGUACGAAGAUAGGAGAGUCAUGGCCAGGAAAGGAGUUGUUGGUGACUGGAAGAACUACUUCACCGAGGAACAAAAUCAAGCCUUUGAUGCUCUGUACGAUGAAAAGCUAAAAGGAACAGGUCUUGACUUUGAAUUUGAGUAGACGACGUUUCAAAACGAUUUUACAUAGACCCGGGUUUCCCUCAAUGUUAGUAGAUUGCAUAACUGGGUCCAUAAUUGUUACGAUUCAACAAUA